GUGAAAUUCAGCCCACAGACUUUGAGCACAGUAGAUUGAUUUAUAAAAUAUCAUUUUCACUUUCCAAAUCACACUCACUGAAACACUCGCAGGGUUUCUGGGGGAAUUUAGGCACUCACAGUGUAUGUGUGUAUGUUUAUGCGAGGGGGAGUUUCCAUUGCGAGUGGGACUCCACUGUGGGUAGAGGGAAAUCUUUACAGUGUCGUAUUACAGCACUGUGAGGGGGAAGUGAGAGAUGCUUCUGUACAUCGUUUCUUUGAUUCAUUUGAUAUUUGAACGUGAUCAGUUACAGUCGUUGGACUCCGUGGAAUCAAAUCUCUGUCAUUUGAAAACGUUUUUUAAAGACUUAACCCAUUCAAGAGCAAUGCAAGGACCAGAACUUGUUGACUCGAGGAGUCGUUUUCGAUUUAUUGAAUCCUGUCUCGGCUUGAUGGGCUGUUUGUGUAUCAACUAUGCGAUCUGGACAUCUCGGUGGCUGGAUGACCGGGGUCUGUGGACCUCACGGAAUGAGACCAGACUGGAUGACAGCCGGACCACUGAAGACAUUGCUAAAGCUCUGGAGGCUGAAAAAGUGUUUGCAGCAGUGGCUUUCCUGAUGUCUGUGAGCGCUGGACUGCUGUGUCUCAUGUUUGCCCUCUGCUGGACGUCUCAAACGGUGCGUUCCUACUCAAACACUCGCUCGCUGCUGAUGGCAGGCCAGGCACUCGACCCGACCACCCUGCUGCUGUUCACACUAGUACCUACAGGUUUUUUCUUUUUUCUCAGCUGGGCGCUUUUUACCCAUCAAUAUAUUGGUGAGAUAAGGGAUGAUGUCAGUCGACUCGGCCCAUCCUAUUGGCUGGGAGUGGUGGGUUGGGCUUCUCUAUUGGCCGUGCUGCCUGUGGUCUUCCUGGCAGAGAAGUUUGUGGUUCCCGACAUCCUGCCGGAGUUAAAAAAUGCUGCCCAAAUGUGGUGGAAGGCUCCGGAGGCUGCACACACGCGGUCGUUAAGUGAGGGUUGCCAUCGUUCACAGCAUAAGACUCAUCCUGACUUUAGGAGGUAUUUGUCAGUGCCUUGAACGAGAGGAAGAAGGUAGCAAGGAAAUACAGAGAAGAGACUCUGGUCUCGCUUGUCUUCUAGCCAUAUAUAUGAGCUGAGCAUAUCCCUCACAACAGGGGUCAAGGACCUGGAUGAGAAACCUGUAACUGCUCUCUGCGAUGUGACACACAAAGCUACAGGUUAUAAGGUUCAGUGCUGGCUUUGACAGUGGCUUCACAGAUGUAUUUGGACGAGGAUGCCCAAAUAUCAGAGUUCACUAUCUAAAUGUAAAACAUAAAGCUGAAAGGAUCUUGAAGUUGCAAAGAGGCUAUUUCUCUAGAACUUUUAAUAGUCGUUGCCUGCAGAUGUUAUUGUGUAAAUUAUACAGUGACUUUCAGGGAUGUAGACUUAAAUAUGCUAAAUUAUUAACUGAAAUAACAACAAAAAACACUAAAGUAGUUUAUAUCUGAUUGGUAAAUCUAUAAUAAAAUUACUAAGAAUGGCAAUAGGCAGUACUUAAGAAAUGCUACAAAUGCAAUCAUUAGUGGCAUAUUUAAAAAAUGAAAAUAUACGUUUUUUUUUAAAAAAAGUUAUUGAAACAGUUUGAAACAUACUUGUUCUUGCAUAGAAAAAUGAUUCAUUUCUAAGAUCCACUUGACCUUUCCCCUUAUUCCCACUGCCAAAAGCGGUGAUCAUUUAAUUCCAGAUUUUUCUGCUUGUUCUCAAUUUUGUAGACAAUACUGAUUCAAAUAGUCAGAGCACUUUUCUACUGCUAACACUUAAUGUAAUAGGGACUUCCAGGUGCUAAUGCAGAAUUCAACACUACUAGAUAGUGCUGCAGUUGUUUUUUUGUUUUUUAUCUGUCUUUUUUUAAGUGCAAACAGUGCUCUCUACUGGCGAUAGUCCAAAGAGCAUCAUGUUCUAUCCUGUAUUUUUAAAGCUAUUUAACAAUACUUUUUGUACUGUUUUAAACCAAUAAAUGAAAUGGUUUUCAUAUAAA